CAGGAACAGCGAUUGAAAAAAAAAAACUCCACCACUGGACAGUUUCAAGUUCCCCCCGACUGAAACCCUGCCUGAUUUGUGGGCAAUGUUGGGGAUGUAGAAAAAAAGGAAACCGGAGCAAAGAGAGGAGAGCGCAGGAGAGAGACAGGGAGGCAACACUAACUGGGUAGCUAUGGAGAUAGUAGGUUUUCCUGGUUGCUUUCUUUGACAGGUGUCGAGUGGGAUAAAACAAAGUAUCACAACAGCUUCCAAGAUGUACGGAAAGGGCAAAGGAGCUGUGGUCCCCUCCGAUAGCCAAGCAAGAGAAAAGUUAGCGUUAUAUGUGUACGAGUACCUGCUACAUGUAGGAGCACAGAAGUCAGCACAGACUUUUUUGUCUGAGAUUCGAUGGGAGAAGAAUAUAACAUUAGGGGAGCCGCCCGGAUUCCUUCAUUCCUGGUGGUGUGUAUUCUGGGAUUUGUAUUGUGCAGCUCCAGACCGAAGAGAGACGUGUGAACACUCCAGUGAGGCAAAGGCCUUCCACGACUAUAGCGCAGCAGCAGCGCCAAGCCCGGUAAUGGGCAACAUGCCCCCCAACGACGCCAUGCCAGGUGGUCCAAUGCCCCCGGGCUUCUUCCAGGGACCACCCGGCUCUCAGCAGUCCCCACAUGCACAACCCCCCCCACACAACCCCAGCAACCCCAUGAUGGGACCCCACGGCCAGCCUUUCAUGUCACCGCGGUAUCCAGGUGGACCCCGCCCCGCACUCCGAAUGCCAAAUCAGCCUCCUGGCGGAAUUCCAGGAUCUCAACCUCUCCUGCCAAACAGUUUGGACCCAACAAGACCACAAGGACAUCCUAAUAUGGGCGGACCAAUGAGAAUGAAUCCUCCCAGAGGAAUGGCCAUGGGCCCACAGAAUUAUGGCGGCAUGAGGCCUCCUCCAAACUCCAUGGGUGGUCCCAUGCCAGGAAUGAACAUGGGUCCCGGAGGAAGGGGGCCUUGGCCAGGACCUAACGCUAACUCUAUAGCCUACUCCUCCUCAUCUCCAGGAAACUAUGUGGGUCCCCCUGGUGGAGGAGGCCCACCUGGAACCCCCAUCAUGCCCAGCCCAGAUUCAACUAACUCCAGUGAAAACAUUUACACCAUGAUGAAUCCCAUUGGACCGGGAGGCAACAGACCCAACUUCCCUAUGGGACCAGGGCCCGACGGACCUAUGGGGGCUAUGGGAGCCAUGGAACCGCACCACAUGAACGGAUCACUAGGCUCCGGGGACAUGGAUGGGUUGCCAAAGAGCUCUCCUAACAACAUGGGAGGCAUGAACAAUCCCCCUGGGACGCCGCGGGACGAAGGCGAAAUGGGCGGCAACUUCUUGAACCCAUUCCAAAGUGAAAGUUAUUCACCCAACAUGACGAUGAGUGUGUGAUUUUAUUUCCCCCCCCUUUUUUUUACUCUCCCCUCCCUUAAUUUUUGUGACCCUCCGCCUGAUUUUUAUUUUUUAAAUUUUGUUGAUUUACUUCUUCAAUUCCAUCCUUAUCCCACCUUGGAUCGGACCGCCCCCGUAACCACACACACACACACACACACACACACCACACACAAACUCCUGAUGGGACCCACCCUCUUCCACCCAACCCCGCCACCCUUUCUCCUCUACGACCACGCAGCCCUCCGGGACGGCCCUAGAGCAUGCUGGGACUCUAAUUAAGUCGGGGCCUCCCGCUUCGUGCAAGAUGGCUGUGGGUGUGAACAGGAAGCAGUCACAGAGCAACAGGAAGAGCCUCCUCUCUGCCUCCAGCCUACCCGGCUUCCUGUCGGGAUCCAGACAAUGAACGAGGGAUGGAGGACGAGCAGAGGGAGACGCAGCCCUUCCUCACGGACUCAGUGGAAACUUAUCAACCCAAACUCUCUGAGAUCAUCUUUUCGUCGCUGCUUUCCGAACAAAUGUAGAUGAAACGACCCCGUCGCCCCCCCACACUGUUCUACAUGCGUGCACAUUUGUAACACAGGUGUUGUGAUUAUCGUCCAACAUGUUUAUUUCAUUUUUGUCUGUGUAUGUAUUAUAUUAUUGUUGUUUUUAUUAUUGUAUUAUUAUUAUUAACGCUAUUGCUAUGAUCAUGUUAAGACUAGGUUCUGAUUUGCUUUGUUUCGUUUCUACGGGCACAUUAUUCUCAGUCAGAACUCAUUUGCUGUGUGAUGUAAAGGCUUUGUGUUAGCACACUGCCCCCUGCUGGUAGGAGUGUGUCCUCCAUGGUACUGAUUAGGAAGCAGAACCGGCUCUCUGCAGUGAAAUGCACCGCUCUAUUUAUUUAUGGACUUUUGAUUUUUUUUAAUGAUGAUUUUAAUGAAAGCAGCUGGACUAGUAGCAGCUGUGUGAACAUGUUUAACCUCCCCACACACACACACACACACACACACAUGUUGUUUACUUACACAUGAAAAGGAUUUCUGCUGAUGAGUUUUCAGGGUUAGGAAGCAGGAAAAAGGAUUUGCUCUUGACUGGAACGAGUGGCGUUCCCGACUCCUCCUCCCUGUUUUUCCUCACCUUCCCAUCAGGAUCCCCACAUCACCCCCCUCCCUCCCUCUGAGAUUUCUUUCUUUUUAUAACUACAGCUCUCCAUCUUUUAAUUUUGUUUUGUAAAUACUGUAAAAUGCAUUUUGAUAUCAUUGACAUGUUUUGAUAUUUCAGAUCACAAUUUAGCAGCUGAUCGGUGACAUGCUGAUUCAGGUGACUUGUGUGUAUUUGUUCAGAGAUAUGACGUGUCUUUUUGCUCAGAGUUAAUAUGAGGAGCUGAAACCGGAGCUGCUACAGACUAUGAUGCUUUUUCACCUCAUGAUGGGCGGGCGAGCGGGCGUUAGGCCUCUGCGCCGCCACGCAGGUCCAGCAGGACGAAGGCAGAAAUCAUUCGCAGGAGUUUUGUUUUGUUAAAAACUCACAUUCAACCCGAUUAUGCCUCUAUUCUUGAAAUGAGUUUGAGGUGGGAAAUGAAAUUUUAAAAAAAGUGGAAAUAUUUUUACAAUUUUUGUCAGAAAUGGCUUUUUUUUUGUUUGUUUGUUUUCUGUUUGGCUCAAACCAGGAACCAGAGUACAAACUUAUUGUGAAGGACUUUUAAAAUCUAUUUAAAGGAGGCAGGAGGAAUGUGUGUGAGAGUAAAAACACGUGUUACUGGGAUGACGGAGAGAGAGAGAGUUCAGGAACAUGCAUUUCCUGUGUUAUUUGAAAUCUUGUAUAAAAUGCAGUCCAACUUUUCUCUUUCUGUCCUGUAAGUAACGCCGUCACCAUGUUGAUCAUUUCUGUAUUUCUAUCGUGCUGAUGUAUAAUACUGUAACAUUAAACGGGGUUGGGGGGGGUACAGAGAGGACUUUAGAGGAGAUGGAGAGCAAAGAUUUUUCUGUUCAGUCCUCAGUUUUCCCCUUGAUGACAAAGCAGUAUUGGAUUUGAGGCAGUCUGUCCCUGGGAAGUUGCUUUUUAUCAUGUUAGGGUAGUUUCAGAUCCUAAAUGUCUUGUGUAGUAAAAUAAAAGGUUCCUUCGUACGUUUCUUUAUAUUGUAAAGUUGCUUUGGACAAAAAAAAAGUUGCUUAUCGGGGAAAAGGUGGGAAAUCUGCAUUGGUAAUUAAUGUAUUUUAUUUUGUUUUAAUUUUCAUCAACUUGUCAGUCGUUUUUUGCCUGUGUCCCCCUUGUUGUAGAUACAUAUUAAAAACAAAUAAAAUGACUUCACUCCUUUUGCCAUGA